AUGGCGGAUCAGAAGGACCCCGCGAAGGAAAGCAACGCAGCAGCGGCGACCGCGACCGCGACCGCGUCCGCGCAGCCUCCGGCGCAACAGCACGUCGAAGACAUUCCGGACCCAGACGAAGAUGAUUUGGACGAUCUCGAUGACGUCCUCGACGAAUUCUCCGCCACAAAGCUCGACGACAAAGCCCCACUGGCACCGACCAACCCAGCAACAGCAACAACAACAACGACAGCAGCGACAACGAAACCGCCCCCGCCGAUUCCGGUCCCCAGCGCCGGCGAGGGCGACGAGGAGAUCGACGAGGAGGAAUUCGCGCGGCAGCUGCAGGCGGGCAUGGCGGAGCUGCUGGGCGGGCUGGGCGACUCGCCGGAGAUGACGCAGCAGCUGGAGAGCCUGGUGAAGGAGCUGGGCGCGGCGGGGGCCGGCGGGACCGGGACCGGGACCAGCAGCAGCAGCGGGACGAGUAGUAAGGCGGCGGCGGCAUCGCCGGGGGGAGCGGCGGGGGGUGCGGGUGCGGGGAGUAGUAAGGCGGGCGAGGACAAGUUUCAAGAGCAGAUCCGGCGCACGAUGGAGCGGAUGCAGGCGUCGGGCGAGCAGGCGACGGCGGCCGCGUCGUCGAGCGGGAACGGCAAUCCGGAUGACAUCCUCGCGCAGAUGCUGGCCGAGAUGGAGAAGGGCGGCGGCAUGGGCGGCGGCGAGUUCGGGUCGGACGAGGACUUCAGCAAGAUGCUGAUGGGCAUGAUGGAGCAGCUGACGAACAAGGAGAUCCUGUACGAGCCGAUGAAGGAGCUGUACGACAAGUUCCCCGACUGGCUGGCCAAGAACAGGGAGAAGACUGACAAGGCGGACCUGGAGCGGUAUGAGGAGCAGCACAGAUGCGUCAAGGAUAUCGUGGAGAGGUUUGAGAGGCCUGGCUACACCGACGACAGCGCGGCGGAUAGGGAGUUCAUUGUCGACAGGAUGCAGAAGAUGCAAGCAGCGGGAUCACCGCCGCAGGAUUUGGUUGGCGAUAUGAGCUCAGCACAAGAAGCUAUGGGCGAGCUGGAUCAGGGAUGCGCGACACAAUGA